CAACAACAACAACAGAUCAGUCAGUUGGCCUCACCAGCUGUUUCCUUGACCUCCAUGACGUCAUCUCAACAGUGGAGCUGACCCUGGUUAGGGGCAAUUUAUCUGUGACUUUGCCUAUCUGACAGGGUGGGACUCGUAUCUCACUGGAAUAGUUGACGGACAUGUCUGGUAAGAUCCCAAAGAAAAAAACUGAGCUUUAAAAUGUUAUCCUUGUCGUUAUUCUGCAUUUAGCCUCUUUAACUCUUUCACAGACAAAAUAAAAAUGUUUACUCAAGAGAGAUCGAAGCAAAACCACAAAAUAUUUCGCCUUAAAAAGAAUGAGAAACUGUACAAUUUGCAAAUACAUCGACUAAAUAUCCUUCUUGGACCAGUAUAAACAAAUGACAGUGGACCAGUUCGGGAGAAGGCAAGUAUAUUUGUGUAUACACAGAAGGGAAGUGGUUUGAAAAGACAACUGCAACUCAAUAAAAUUAUAUAUGCAAUGUUAGCAUAAAAAGAACGGCAUACUCAUCCUGUUUUGGUACCCAUAAUUACGCCACUAAAAUGUUAAAGGGCUUGAAUUUUCUUUAAAGGAAACUACCUUACCUUACAAAGAAUGUAUACAAAUCUAUUUUCCGGAGACAAUUUCACAACGUUAUUUACAAAAUUCACAAAAGUAUUGUGGUUAUUUGUCACAAACAUUAUUCUUCAACACAAUAUAUUUUUUUCGUUUUGUAUCUUUUUCAACAUGUAAAAAAGCUGAAGCUCAGGAGGACAAGGGGGGGGGGGGAUUU